GCUGCUGCUGGUUCUGCCCACAGCUGGGGCAGUUAUAGGAAAUGACUUCACCUGAGUUGCCCCUGACUGACCUUUAACCCUGACACUGAGCUGCUGCCGCUCACUCGUCAUUCUCACAUUGAAGCCCAGAUCCUGAAGGAGGUCAGUACCCUGUUCCCCUUCUUUAAGGGCGAUUAUAUGGGCUGGAAAGACUCCAUCAGGCACAACUUGUCUUCCAGCGACUGUUUCAUGAAGGUUCUCAAAGACCCUGGAAAGCCCCAGGCCAAGGGUAACUUCUGGACGGUGGAUGUGACCUGGAUUCCUCUUGAUGCGAUGAAGCUGCAGAACACUGCGUUGACCCGAGGUGGAUCUGACUACUUUGUCUAGGAUUUGGCUCCAUACAUCCUACAUAACUAUAAAUAUGAACACAAUGCAGGGGCGUAUGUUCACCAGAUGCCUCCAAGUCAUGCCAGCUCCAUUUCUCUGGUGGGGGACCCUCACCAGACCAACACUGGUGGCAAACUCAACACAUCCUUUAUGAUUGAUUCCCUACUUCAUGACCUGCAAGAUGUGGAUCUGCCUGAUGCCUCCAGGAACCUCAAGAACCAAAGGAUCUCUCCGGCUGUAGCCAUGAACAAUAUGUGGAGCUCUGCUCCUCUUCUCUACCCACAUUCCAAGCCAAUAAGGAAUGUCAGAAGCCCUGGUUUCUCCACCAGUCAUUCCACAUACUCUUCUUCCAGCUCCAGCAUUUCUACAAUAUCUCCUGUUGGGUUUCAGGAGGAGCAGGAGAGAAGUGAACAUUUGCUUGGUCGGCAAACUCAAAGGCUUGGUCUUCCCACUAGACGUCCGAGAGAGGAGGACGAGUGCAGUACCACAUCUUCAGAUUCUGACACGAGGAACUAUUCUCCCACUGAGACCACCAAAAAGAUGCCCCUGCUUUCAUUGGACUUGCCCACCUCUUACACAAAGAGUGUGGCACCUAAUGUAGUGGCACCACCAAGUGUCCUGCCCUUCUUUCAUUUUCCUCGAUUCUCCUACUAUAACUAUGGACCUUCCCCCUACAUGACCCCACCAUACUGGGGUUUUCCCUGUCCUACAAAUCCUGGUGGGGAUAGUCCAUGUGGAUCCCAAGCUCCUCUGGAUCUAGACAACAUGUUGAGGUCCGUGCCUCCCAACAAGAGCGUGUUUGAUGUGUUGACAAGUCAUCCAGGUGAUCUCGUCCAUCCGUCCUUCCUCAGUCCGUGUUUGGGCAGUGGUACCCCCUAUCCAAGCAGACAAAGCCUUAUAUAGAAACGGAGGCCUCCUGGCCUGACCCGGAGUGGACACCGAAUGAAAUGAACCCUGAAUAUUAGGUGGUCAUUGAUGUAGAUAUUGUGGCCCAUGGUUCUGGAAGGGGGUCGUUUACAAAAGAUCAAAGUGUUUUUAUAUUGCUGCCAUAUAGUCCUGUCUUUGUAGUGCCCCCUACUGCCAGGAACUGAUGUAUUAUUGCACUAAUGCCAAGUUGCUGUGGGCGACUACUGGUGCCUUGUGUGGAUGCCCCUUGCACUAAAAACCAGUAGUGUGUGUUUAAUUGUGGAUUUGUGAAAGGGCCCCUAACAAUUCCAAUACGACCCCUGUAAUCUGACAUUCCCAAAUUCUAGGGGUUCAGCGGAAUGGCUCGAAGCCUAUGGUGCCCCGACUAGGACUGGCAUGUCUGUGGCAGCCGGGCAUUAGUCUCAGCAAAGGCAAAUUGAAUUCUGGGAUUUCGUAUGGAUGAAGGGGUGACGCGACUUGAUAUUUGGGGUGUUAAUUGUGUUAUUGAUUUAUUUAUUAUGUGACGCGAUUGCCCCUCCCCCUGUGCUGCCUCUAGGGAUCAGUCAGGGACUUUUGUACGUUUUUAUUUGAUUUGAUUUUGGGCUGAGAGCUUUAUCCCCAGUCCCUAAACAUUUUAAUGUGACAAUGAGCAAAAAACAAGACUUUUUAAUGUUUUAAAGGUGAAGUUUCCCACCUGAGAGGCCACAGUGGAACAUGAAUUGGCCUCUCUCCUCUGCUGGACAAACCAUAAGGUAGAGAGGGGGGGACAGGCCCAAGCUAUAGAUGUGUCUAAUAGCGGUGAUUAUAUAUUCAGCCCAAUGGAGUCCUGCUGCAGGCUGCACUGCUCUUUUCCAUCUUGUCUGUAUACUCUUUAUUUUGCAAUUCUCAUUCACUGAAAUAACCCUGUGUGUUUCCAAAGCCAGAUCUUCCCAUUGGAAUGAUGGCGCCCCCUAGUGCUGGAUCCCAGGAGUGGGGCAGUUCUUGUGCUUUGGACCUGACUAUGUCCAAGGGAAUGUGACUCUGGAAACUCAUUGUAUAACAGAUGUUUGAUCAGCUCUGGACAUUACAGUGUUGGACCUGUUUACUGAGCAGUUGGCAGUUGAGAGCUGACAUUUUUCUGACCAAAGUAUUAGUAGAGCAAUAUGGCUGCUCCCACACAGUUAAAUGCUGUCCCAAUAUCCCUUCAUUCCUCAUUCUCAUUGAGAUUAUAGUGUAACUGUAUUGGUCUGCCCCUUUCUGUUCUUUUAGCUGGCUUUUGGAGUCAGAACCAGCAGUGCAGAGAACAGAAGCAGUUGGUGACGGACGCAAUGACCUGGUGAGAAUGAGAAAUAAAUGGAUAUUGGGAAGUUGAACAGAACCGCAUUUCCUUUCAUUAGGCAGCAAAUAGGACUUGGGUGUAGUUCCCCUUUAAUCUCUUUAGGAUUGUACAUAUGAGCUGGGUUUUUACCCUGGAACCUUCCGAUGUCACGCCAGAAGCCAUUUUGGAUUGGACCGUUGGGUUUCUGGCGUUGUUCUAAUAAAACGGUAGCUGGGCCCGUCACCGUUCCCUGGAGUGGCCCCACUGGCCUGCACUUUAACUGGCUCUGUGCUUCUUCUCUUGUUCCCUGUGGGGCCCAAGGGGUUAAUAGGCUCCAUAUAAAAUGUUCUCUUAUUGCCCG